GUGAUUUUGACUUGAGUCAGUCCUCAGCCAGCAAGUUCGAAAGUAAAGUCGGGGCAAGUCUCCGACAACCUCUAGGGGGCGUAUUCAAGACAUGCACCACAAUAACUAUGUAAAAAACAAGUCGCGUUUUCCCCGCCGGUCUUAGAAGUGAUAUUGUUCGAUUUUCCGAGUGAAGUGAAUCAUGAACAGGUGAAAAUAAAUAAUAAGUGUUGUGGAGACUGAUCUUAGGUUAUUUAUUUAACGCCACUCUCUGUGAUAUUUUGCCGACUCUCCGUCCGUUUAUUCGACGAUGAAUAAGAAAACAAUGAGAGCGAACCGUCCGAUACAUGUUGGCCUAACACCGUCUCACCUUCAACUCGUCUGUGUCCUUCUGGUCUUCUCGCAUUUCACUGUCAAUGCUGCCAAUAUACCCGUCACAACGAACGCACCGGAAGUGGCAUCGGAUGUACGUGUGGAAUGCAACAGCGACGAAAUCGUAGUCAAUAUCAACACAAAAUCGGGCCGAUUCAACGGCAUGAUCUAUCCUAGAGGUUUGUCGAAGAACAGUUCUUGCAUGGGAGAGUGGGUCCAGCGGCCCUCCCCCAUCAAGUACAACCUGCCUUUGAGAGGGUGCAACACCAUGAGCACGGAAUUGGAUGAUGGUGGUAUUGAAUAUUUUAAUACCAUCGUUGUGCAACCCCAUCUCAAGCUGGUCACCAACCAAGGGAGAGGUUUCCAUAUCCGGUGUCGCUACAACACCAGGAAUAACACCAUCACGAAUGAUUCCCUCAAGGUUGAUUUGAUGGCUGCAGAUCCAAUCACAGCACUGGCCCCCAUGCCGGGCUGCAGCAUGAAAAUCUUUUCAGGAGACCCUUCGUACAAGGAAGUUGCCGAGAACGUGAAAAUCGGUGACCCUUUAACACUUGUCAUUACUUUGGACGAGCAAGACACGUACGGAAUACGUGUUACGGAUUGUUUGGUCAGAGAUGGGCUAGGCUGGGGCGAACAGAAACUGAUUAAUGACGAAGGCUGUCCUUUGGAUGCUGAAAUUAUGGGCAAGUUUCAGUAUUCGGAGGACAAGACGAAAGCUUCGGUGCAGUUUCAGGCGCACAAGUUCCCAUAUACCGCCUCGGUUUACUACCAAUGCAACGUCAAGUUGUGUCUGAAGGCUGAUGGAGGGUGCGAUAUUUCCCCACCAAGUUGCGGAGGGAACAGGUUGCGCAGACAAGCAGCGGACCCCACCGAAGGGACUCCUGCCACUAUCGAAGUAUACAGCGGCCUUUAUGUCAAUGAGGCUAACGACCUCGCCAAAGCCGGCUUGGAGGAGGAUUCCGUCUUUAGCGAGAAGACACCUGAGGACAGCAUCUGCAUCUCGCAACGCAGCUUCGCUAUCGGAAUUUGUAUAGCGGGUCUGAUUUUGAUGCUUUGCGUCAUCGCUGCAAUCCUCUGCCUUUUGGCGAGAAGACGCUCGAAGAAGACUUCCUCAAACCCUGGCAGUUCGAUCUACAGCGGUCCUUACACCAACACUGCCUAUAGUCAUAGUAGUUAAAGUCAGCGAUAACUAACUGCCAUCACUCUAUCGAACGAAAAUUAGCUUAGGUGUGCCAUUCAAAGGCUCAGUGCUCAUAUAGUUUUAAACGUCCGUCUUUUUUCGAAUGGUGUUCAAGAUGAAAUCUUCAACUGCCAUUAUUACUUAUUAUUACUUGCCUCAGUCUGUUUCUCUAGUAAUUUACCUCAAGUUCCGAUAGGUUAAGAUAAUAGUCAUGAUAACAGGGGACGGUGGAGGGAUUAUUUAUACAAUGUUCAAUCGGGGGGAAACACCCGAUUUGAACUCAAUCUCAAUAAUUUAUACAAACCAAGCCGUUGCUUGUUUGUAUUUUCCGAUCUUGAAUCACAGCAGCAUUACCAUGUUAUUUUUUGUACAUAAAUUUGUAAUGCUGCCCUGGUUCUUGAUCUCCUUUAGCUUAACUUAGAAAAAAGCGAACAAUUAUUAACUGAAAGGUGCUUUAAUCUACAUUUAUCUCAAUUUAACAGGAAAUAAAUAUAAAAGUAAUAAA